AUAUUUACAUAACGUUGGUUGGAGAGAGAGGGUGAGUGUGGAGACGUCGACUAUUAGCUUGAGAGGAGAUGGUGCGAGGGAGUGCACUUUAUUAUUACAUAACGUUGUUUUUGGAGGAUAGUAUUUAUGAUGCAUGGUGUUGGCUUUUAGACCUUGUUCAUGGUUAUUCAGUUCAGGAAGCAUAUCGUUUUCUUACUUCCGGUGAGCAGGUGGAUAGAACUCUUGUUGAUGAUGUCUGGCAUAGACACAUUCCAACAAAAGUGUCUCUGUUUGUGUGGUUCGAAACCGUCUUCCCAUGAAAGACAAUUUGAUGCGUCGAAGGGUUAUUCAGGUUAUUGACACCGCAUAUGCUUAAGGUUGCGGUGACUUGGAAUCAGCUAAUCACCUCUUCUUAGAGUGUGAGAUUCCCAAUUUGGUUUGGUUACAUGUGCGAAAUUGGAUAGGCUUUUCUACGGUGUCUUAUUGUUUAGUUGCGAGAACAUUACACUCAAUUCUCGUUAAUGGCAGGUAUGUCUUCAAAGUAAUUUGGAAUGUUUGUGCGUGGAUGAUUUGAAAGGAUCGUAAUGACCGAGUCUUCAAGAAUAUGGGAUCAAAUUCUCAUGUUCUCAUUGAAAAAAUCAAACUGAGUUAUUAUUUAUGGCUGAAAGUUAAUAGGCCGUCCUUUAAUUUAUGUUAUCAUGAUCGGUGGUAACACCCGCUAGCGUGCUAUUUUUUUGGUGUUGGAGGUGGCUCAACUUCUUGGCAUCUCUGGUUGUAUUUUUUGAGCGGUGUUUUCCCUUUGGCUGCAAUUUUUCUGAAAGCAUGAUGAUAGCCAUAAGUGACCCUGUACUCCCCGCAAUUUUUUCAAACCGCCAUUACUUGCCGAGAACAAUUCAACUUCACAAUCAAAAUCUCAUACACGCAGUAUCAACUUUCCGGCGGGGCGCUUGGAUUAUCCGUGCAAGCCAUCCAAAUCGUCCGAUUCAACACAGGGAACAAAUGUGGCUAACGUGUUUUCAUUUCUCCUGGAAAUGCUUCUUUUCUAGACUUGUUUCUUUUUACUUGUUAUUAUCUCUUAAUCUUGUUGCUGUUGCCUCUGAAUAUCCAACUCCUUCUACUUAUUCAUGUGAGGAUGUUGCCAAUUACUAUUCCCCUUUGAAGCAUUUCAGAUUAAAAGGUGAAAAACUCAAGAGAAAAUUGAAUUCCAUCAUUGCUCCACAUCAUUCAUUGUCCUACCAAGAGGUGUGGGAUGCUCUUAAGGUUCUUGAUGCGGCUGAUAUUGAUAAACCAGAAGCUUCAUUGGGAAUAGUUGAAAUAUACUCACUGAGAGUUGUUCCAAAAUGGCUAUCAGGAAAACCAGAGGGAUGGAAUAGGGAGCAUCUUUGGCCUCGUUCUUAUGGGCUGACAACUGUUCCAUCUUUGACUGAUUUACACAACAUUCGCCCUGCUGACGUUAAUGUGAACUCAUCAAGGGGAAACAAGUACUAUGGGGAAUGCAUCACUGGCUCGACCAAAUGUCUCAGACCAGCCAACAAAGAAGCUGCUUUGGACACUGAAGCAGACAAGAGGAGGUGGGCACCGCCUAAGGAGGUUAGAGGAGAUAUUGCGAGGGCAUUAAUGUACAUGGCAGUCUGUUAUGGGUUUCCACAACCAGGGGGAAGUCCAGGUCUUCGCCUUUCGGACACUCCAAAUGUUGAAAACAGAGAGAUGGGACUGCUUUCCACAUUAUUAGAAUGGAAUGAAGUAGAUCCACCUUCGAGGGAGGAGAAACUGAGAAACGAAAGAAUAUGUAAAUUUUAUCAGCAUAAUCGGAAUCCUUUUGUUGAUCAUCCAGAGUAUGUGAAUCUUGUAUGGAAGCAAGUUGUUUCAUGGCGUGCUCAUAAUAAUAAUGAUAAUGAUAAAAAUGUCUCCAACAAAGGAAAAAAAUUAGGACGAGGAGCUCAAUUACUUCACUUGUGAUAUUUUUUUGCCCUUUUCAUUACGCCUUUCAAAUGAUGUUUAGAUUUUUUAUAAACAUUAAUCUGUCUUUAUUUACAAUAACGUGAUUGAUUCUAAACAGAU